AUGGGUACGGGAUUGCAAAAUAAUCAGCCGAAACCAACACUGGGGGGCUUCGGCACAUUAGGCGGAGGCGGUGGAGGGUUGUUCCAACAGCCUCAACAGAAUAAUAUGUUCAGAACUGACAGCGGUUUAGGCAGUGGAUUAUUCAGCGGGAACACGACAUUGGGCGCUCCAUCUUUGGGCUUGGGUCUGAACGCGAAUAAUACGUCUUUGAACAAUUCUGGUUUGAGUGGUGCAUCGGCUGCUGGAAAUGUUCACGAACAAAUGCUGACGUUGGCCGCGAGACCGUACGGUGAUUCGCCUCUGUUCAAAGAUCUAGUGCCCGCAGACUCGAGUGCAUCGGAGGAAGUGUUGAAGCCAACGAAUCCCGCUGCUGUUAAAGCGGUAUUAGACACUGGGCGUUUACCGCCCACCAGACCGCCCAUACGAUUACAGCCCAGACCUUUACCACAGGAUAAGAAAUCAUUGUUCGACGGCCUAGAAGAAUCCGACGCUAGUCUAGAAGAUAAACUCAGCCUGAAACCGAGCAGGAAACGAUUGGUUCUCAGGCCGAAUCAGAGGACAGACAGUCAGCAAGACAACGUUCAUAGUACACAGAACGACAGGACUGCGGAUGAUGAGAGGAACGGUAGCUUAUCGGGAGUGGGAGGGGGGCCGGAGGCUCCAGCGGAUGCGGGGGACGCGGUCGACGCGGGGGGCAAGCGCUCCGGCAGCAUAACUGAUAACAACUCUGAUGCUAACAUAGAGAAGAAUAAUAGUUGGCUUUCGUCCUCAAAGUUACCAUGGAACGACAAAGAAAAACCCAUAGACAGCGAAUCUACACCACGUCUUUAUCCAAGCUUAGAUAAGGAAAUGCAAUCCCAAACUUCGGAGAGGCGAGCCAGUUGGCUGACAACGAAACCCCUCCGGAAGCCUCUGACUACCAAUCCGGAUAGCGUGGAGAAUUCCGUACGCGAGUUGGGGGUUCGAUCCCCGGACAGGCUCAGCGACAAAGAGAACAUCGACUCCCUAUCUGUGUCAGAAGAAGAAAAUGUGCCUCGGAGGGAUAUGCCACCUCAUCCAGCCGGUGUGAAAUUAACAAGGCCCGGUUAUUACACGAUACCGAGCCUUCAAGAGAUGAUAGCGUACAUGCGUCCGGACGGUUCUUGCGUCGUCCCACAUCUGACGAUCGGCCGUCACAACUACGGCAACGUGUUCUACGAUCAGGAGAUAGAUGUGACAGGAUUAGAUCUGGACGCUUUGGUACACUUCAUGAAUAAGGAGGUGAUUGUAUAUCCGGAGGACGCGGAUAAGCCCCCCGUGGGGUCGGGGCUGAACAGGCGCGCGGUCGUCACCCUCGACAGGGUGUGGCCGCGGGACAAGACGCAGCGGCGACCCAUCACGGACCCGGACAGAUUAUUGAAGAUGGAGUACGAGGCGCGUUUGCGGCGGGUGUGCGACAAACACGACACAAAAUUCAUCGAGUACAGGCCGCAGACGGGCAGCUGGGUGUUCAGGGUGGAGCACUUCAGCAAAUACGGCUUAACCGAUUCGGACGAAGAGGACGAAGCGCCGACGCCUGAUGUUCUUAAAAGGCAAAUCGCGAAUCAGGCCUUGCAAAAUGCCGCGCCUGUUACUGUUACUAAGCCGCCGGCGGCCCCCGCCCCCGGCCUGGGAGGCCUAGGGCUCCCCACUGGUCUCGCUGAGGACAGCCUGUUCGCUAUGCACCAGACAUCUUUGAAUCUACUCAACGGAUCAUCCAAAGGAGUAAAGACAUCCGACGACAUCACGCUCAUCUCGUUGUGUUAUUUUAAAGAUAGUCCUCCGAUAUGGACAAUCUAUUUGGGAUUCGUAAUAGCCCCUUCUGACUACCCGCCGUUAUAUAUACAACGUGUCCCAAAAUUCAACGAUAAGCGGGCGCCAAGAGUAUACGAUAUGGACACCACGGAAGAGAAUGCGGAAUCUCAGAGCAUGUACCAGGAAAAUAGAGGUUUCGGCGUGAAGAGUCCCACCAGUGAACUGGCUCGAUUAGAAAACAGGCAGAGCCAUCACGUACAGCUGAUGAAGGCGUCCCUUUAUGCAGAUGCCACAGAGAUGGACGACGAUAUGUCUGUCUCUACUGGCGAUCAGUUGGUGCCGAUAUCUGUUCCGCUGAUCGCUAAAGCCCCUUUCAUCGCCACCAUAGAACCUGAGCCGAUGGACGAGAUCAUGCCGGAACUCGAAGAAGUUACUGAACAGCCGAUGCGACCAUUGAUUGUGCAACCGCAUAGUAUAGUGCUCAAAUAUCACAAGAAAGUGCCGCCGUUCAAAGAAACCAUCGAAGGGGGCGAUUUAUGUGAAGUGGGCAGAUAUUUAGAGGGGAGGGGGAAUGACGAUUGGAGCGAGCCACUGCUAGCUACCCUCUCGCUCGCACACACGCACAACUCUGGACUGCAGGAGACUCUAUCCCGGCAUCUGGAGACCCUCCUAGAGUUGUCUGAUGUAACGCAAGUGUCCGAAGACACGUGUCCGAAACUCACCGUCCGGGACAACCCGCCGGACAGGCGCAGGCUGCUAGCCGGACACCUUAAACACGCCGCUAGCGCAGCGAAUGACAAAAAUCAGUGGGGUGCUAGUAGUGAAUACCGAUUAGAAGUGUGGAAGCUUUGCGAGGCGCUGUGGGGGGACGAUCUCGAGAAUGAUGGAGUUGCGGGAACAGAUGACGCGUCUAUAGUGAGACGUCACAGGAAAUUCCUGUCCUGGAUCACUGACGCUGUGGCCGAUGUCACUGAUAAAGAACUGGCCACGCCGUCUAAAGGAGAGGACGAAGAUGAGGAGGAUGGUCACAGUAGCAGAAUAUGGAGUUUACUUCUCGGCGGAAGGUUGCCAGCCGCUUGCCGUCUCGCGAGGCAGAACAACGAUCUCAACAUGGCAACACUGCUAGCACAGGCUUCAGGCGACCCGUUGUUCCGAAGUCUGAUCUCCCGUCAGUUGUCGUUGUGGAGGGAGUGCGGAGCCGAUACCCUUAUAGCUUCGCACAGAUUGGAGGCGUUACGUUUAAUAGCCGGCGAAGCUAAACCACUAGGAAAAUUGCUGCUAGUCGACUGGAUGAGAGCUCUUCACGCGACCGCGAGGUACUUAUGUCCGCAAGUGCCGUCUUUGGAACGUGUGGUGACUACGUACGAGGGCUUCUUCAGGACCGAUUCGUCUGAUGAAGAGACGCCCGAUAUAUUGGACGGCGAUGAGAUGGGUAUGCAGCCGCCGCUGCCACCGUACAUGGAUCAGUAUCAACUCCAAGAGAACGGCGGUAAACAGCGUCGCGUUCUAGAUCUACGGUACGAGCUGAUAAGGUCUCGUGCUAAUAACACUCGGCCGAAACUGCAACCCGCCUCUUAUACACCGGAUCCUCUAGAUUAUUCUCUAUGUUUCCUGUUGGGCACAUGGUUCGGUAACCCAUCGGUGGAGAGUAUAACCGGGUUUGCAUCACAACUGGAGGGGUGCGGUCUAUGGCAUCUCGCCGUACAGACGUUGUGCUACCACCCAGACGCGAUACAGCGCGGUCACCUGGUCCGCGGCGUGUUAUCCCGCCAGAUGCCCGCGACGCUGGACUCGCCGGCGGACGGGACUCGCGCGGGACUCUUGAGGAAGUUACGCGUGCCCGAGCGGUGGAUACUGCUCGCGCAAGCUUACAGGGCCAAAUAUCAGCACUUGCCCCGAUUGGAAGCGGAACAUCUAGCUAACGCUGGACAGUACAACGCAGCUCAUAGGAUAUUAGUGGACCAAUUGCUGCCCACCGCUGUGCUAGACGAUGAUCUGAAGAGUAUAGCACCUCUGUUGGAGAUAUUAAACGAGGCGGCUUCGAAGGACCAAGUCAGCGAUUGGGACAGUGGAGGUUCAGCGUUGUAUCACUACAUGCAUGUAUGCGAUGAGAUCCGCGGCAUGGUGUGCGGGGCGGGGGCGGGGGCGGGGGCCGCGCGGGGGGCGAUGGGCGCGCGCGUGGAAGCGCUCCGCCCCCGCGUGGUGGCCGCCUGCAGGGCCCUAGCGGCCCUACCUAUCAGGGGUGGUCGCCAGGCGGCGGCGCGCGCCGAGAUGGGUGGGCGGCUGGUGCAGCUGCUGGCGGCGGGCGGGGCGGCGGGCGCGGCGCUGGGGCCGCUGCUGCACGCGCUGCGGCUGCCGCCGGCGGCCCACGCGCGCGCGCUAGCACAGAUCACGACAGAAUUAGCUGAGCACGCAUCAGAUUCUUGUAUUGAAUCCGUAUCAAGUUCUCCGCGCUCUUCACACCACAGGGCCGCUGUACACACGUAG